AUGGCCCAGCGCCAGCAGCAGGAUACAGUUAUUAGCCACUUCUCCCAUCCAGGGCACGAGCUCGAGAGGCGGCACUACAUCGGGCCGAUCUGCUUCCGCUGCGACAUGUGCUGGGAGGACCUGUCCAGCGCUGCCUACAGCUGCCGCGCCUGGUGGGACUUCGGCAUCCACGACUCCUGCGCCAUUCACUCCCAAACGUUCUCCUCCGUCGAGCACCACGCGCACCCGCUCAUCCUCGUCCAGACAGGCCGCGAGGCGAGCCUAUUGUGCGACGUCUGCUUGGGGCACUGCGCCCCGGGCUCCUUCCUCUACCGCUUCCCACAAUGCGGUUUCGACAUGCACUCAACCUGCGCGCGUCUGCUCCGGGUCGUGCGCAGCGGGUGGCACCCUGCACACGACCUCACGCUGGUCGUAGCCGACGGCCAUUGUGCCUCCUCUGAGUGCGGCGGCGGCGCGGGGCGCGCGUCAUACUACCGCUGCAUGGUGUGCAACAUCGACUUCCACAUCUCGUGUGCUGCGAGCGCCGGCGACAACAACAACGCUCAUGAUGCUCAAACAGCCCUUGACACUGAGAUUAUACAAUCAAGACUCGAACAGCAGGGUAUAAACGCGGCGUUCGACCUGUGGAGCCCUUCCUAUACGGUACGGAGAGAGUACUUCUAG